GCCAACUUUUACUUUUGUCCCAUUUUAAUUUUUCAUUUGGCUUCUAAAUUCCACACCCCCUAGUCCACUGUCUCCAUUGGCUCCACACCCAUUUCGUCAAAGUUCUACACAUUUUCCAGGGAUUCCAACCAGGUGCACGUUUUUCUGUUCUUCAUCAUCUGCACUUGGAAACCAGAGAUUAGCAGUUAGCGCGGUUGCCACUCAAGCAGCGUCACCACCAAAUAUGGUUAAGGCUAUUAGGAUUUAUGAGCUUGGUGGACCCGAGGUGUUGAAAUGGGAGGAUGUCGAAAUAGGAGAGCCAAAAGAGGGCGAGAUUCGUGUGAAAAACAAGGCAAUUGGUCUUAAUUUCAUUGAUGUGUACUUCCGCAAAGGGGUUUAUAAAGCUGCUGCAUUGCCUUUCACUCCAGGAAUGGAGGCUGUCGGGGUUGUGACAGCAGUAGGAUCUGGGCUAACAGGCAGGCAGGUUGGCGAUCUUGUAGCCUAUGCUGGUAAUCCAAUGGGUUCAUACGCUGAAGAGCAGAUCCUUCCUGCUAAUAAAGUUGUGACUGUUCCUUCCUCUAUUGAUCCUAUCAUUGCAGCAUCUGUCAUGCUUAAAGGCAUGACUGCGCAGUUUCUUGUCCGCCGUUGCUUCAAGGUCGAGGCAGGACAUACAGUUCUUGUUCAUGCAGCAGCUGGUGGAGUUGGUUCUCUGUUAUGCCAGUGGGCUAAUGCUCUUGGUGCCACUGUCAUUGGAACUGUCUCAACUAAAGAGAAGGCAGCUCAAGCCAAGGAAGAUGGGGCUCACCAUGUUAUCAUCUAUAAGGAGGAGGAUUUUGUUGCCCGUGUGAAUGAGAUAACAUCAGGCAAUGGGGUAGAUGUUGUCUAUGAUUCUGUAGGAAAGGAUACGUUUCAGGGAUCGUUGGAAUGCUUAAAACUUCGUGGGUACAUGGUGAGUUUUGGGGUGUCGUCAGGAACUCCAGAUCCGGUACCUUUAUCAGCUCUUCAAGUGAAAUCGCUGUUCUUAACACGGCCUUCCUUGAUGCAAUACACAACUACUAGACAAGAGUUAUUGGAGACUGCAGGAGAGUUGUUUGCUAAUAUUACAUCGGGUGUGCUUCGGGUUCGAGUAAAUCAUACAUACCCUCUGUCUGAGGCAGCGCAAGCACAUGCGGAUCUGGAGGGUAGGAAAACAUCUGGAUCUGUUGUUCUGAUACCAUAGAAGCCUGCAACAGGAAGUUCUGAAUCUCCCAACUCUCGUAGUCCUUGUCGAUGAAGAACUUAUUUAUGGGUCUCUUUUUUUUUUUGGGUGAAAGAAUUAAGUGUGGUUUUGCAUUUUGCAUGAAAAACUUUGUGCUUUGUUUGGAAUAAUGACUUGUUGCCUUCUCCAUGUAGACUAAAUCUGCAAACUUAAAAAACUAGGUACAUAUCCAUUUAGUUAUUA